AUGCAGAAGCGGUGGGUGGUGUGCGUGCCUCUGAAGUCUGACCAGAAGGCCACCAUGUCUACCUCUCCUGUGGCGACGUUGUUUUGGAACAGUCAGAACCCUCAGAACAGCCAGAGACCUCAGAAUAGUCAAAACCCUCAGAACAGCCUGAACCAUCAGAACAGCCUGAACCCUCAGAACAGCCUGAACCCUCAGAACAGCCUGAACCCUCAGAAUAGUCAGAACCCUCAGAAUAGUCAGAACCCUCAGAACAGCCUGAACCCUCAGAACAGUCAGAACCCUCAGAACACCCGGAACCCUCAGAACAGUCAGAACCCUCAGAACAGCCUGAACCCUCAGAACAGUCAGAACCCUCAGAACAGCCUGAACCCUCAGAACAGUCAGAACCCUCAGAACAGCCUGAACCCUCACAACAGUCAGAACCCUCAGAACAGUCAGAACCCUCAGAACAGCCAGAGACCUCAGAAUAGUCAAAACCCUCAGAACAGCCUGAACCCUCAGAACAGCCUGAACCCUCAGAACAGUCAGAACCCUCAGAACAGUGAGAACCCUCAGAACAGCCUGAACCCUCAGAACAGCCUGAACCCUCAGAAUAAACAGUCAGAACCCUCAGAACAGCCUGAACCCUCAGAACAGUCAGAACCCUCAGAACAGCCAGAGACCUCUGAACAUCAGAACCCUCAGAACAGCCAGAACCCUCAGAACAGUCAGAACCCUCAGAACAGUCAGAACCCUCAGAAUAUUCAGAACCCUCAGAACAGCCUGAACCCUCAGAACAGCCAGAACCUUCAGAACAGUCAGAACCCUCAGAACAGCCAGAACCCUCAGAACAGUCAGAACCCUCAGAACAGUCAGAACCCUCAGAAUAUUCAGAACCCUCAGAACAGUCAGAACCCUCAGAACAGCCAGAGACCUCAGAAUAGUCAAAACCCUCAGAACAGCCUGAACCAUCAGGACAGCCUGAACCCUCAGAACAGUCAGAACCCUCAGAACAGCCUGAACCCUCAGAACAGCCUGAACCCUCAGAACAGCCUGAACCCUCAGAACAGCCUGAACCCUCAGAACAGUCAGAACCCUCAGAACAGCUUGAACCCUCAGAACAGCCUGAACCCUCAGAAUAGUCAGAACCCUCAGAAUAGUCAGAACCCUCAGAACAGCCUGAACCCUCAGAACAGUCAGAACCCUCAGAACAGCCUGAACCCUCAGAACAGUCAGAACCCUCAGAACAGCCAGAGACCUCUGAACAAACAGCCAGAACCUUCAGAACAGUCAGAACCCUCAGAACAGCCAGAACCCUCAGAACAAUCAGAACCCUCAGAACACCUGAACCCUCAGAACAGUCAGAACCCUCAGAACAGCCUGAACCCUCAGAACAGCCUGAACCCUCAGAAUAGUCAGAACCCUCAGAAUAGUCAGAACCCUCAGAACAGCCUGAACCCUCAGAACAGUCAGAACCCUCAGAACAGCCGGAACCCUCAGAACAGUCGGAACCCUCAGAACAGCCUGAACCCUCAGAAGAGUCAGAACCCUCAGAACAGCCUGAACCCUCAGAACAGUCAGAACCCUCAGAACAGCCUGAACCCUCACAACAGUCAGAACCCUCAGAACAGUCAGAACCCUCAGAACAGCCAGAGACCUCAGAAUAGUCAAAACCCUCAGAACAGCCUGAACCCUCAGAACAGCCUGAACCCUCAGAACAGUCAGAACCCUCAGAACAGCCUGAACCCUCAGAACAGCCUCAACCCUCAGAAUAGUCAGAACCCUCAGAAUAGUCAGAACCCUCAGAACAGCCUGAACUUCUCAGAACAGCCUGAACCCUCAGAAUAUCAGAACCCUCAGAACAGCCUGAACCCUCAGAAUAGUCAGAACCCUCAGAACAGUCAGAACCCUCAGAAUAGUCAGAACCCUCAGAACAGCCAGAACCCUCAGAACAGCCAGAACCCUCAGAAUAGUCAGAACCCUCAGAACAGUCAGAACCCUCAGAAUAGUCAGAACCCUCAGAAUAGUCAGAACCCUCAGAACAGUCAGAACCCUCAGAACAGUCAGAACCCUCAGAAUAGUCAGAACCCUCAGAAUAGUCAGAACCCUCAGAACAGCCAGAACCCUCAGAGUCAGAACCCUCAGAAUAGUCAGAACCCUCAGAACAGCCAGAACCCUCAGAACAGUCAGAACCCUCAGAAUAGUCAGAACCCUCAGAACAGCCAGAACCCUCAGAAUAGUCAGAACCCUCAGAAUAGUCAGAACCCUCAGAACAGUCAGAACCCUCAGAACAGUCAGAACCCUCAGAACAGCCAGAACCCUCAGAACAGUCAGAACCCUCAGAACAGCCAGAACCCUCAGAACAGUCUGAACACUCUGAAGUGGGACAAUAUGGAGCCAACAGACAUGAUCCUCAAAAGGUUCUACAGCUGCACCAUCGAGAGCAUCCUGACUGGUUGCAUCACUGCCUGGUAUGGCAACUGCUCGGCCUCUGACCACAAGGCACUGCAGACAGUAGUGCGAACGGCCCAGUACAUCACCGGGGCUAUGCUUAGUGCCUUCCAGUACCUAUAUACCAGGCGGUGUCAGAGGAAGGCCCCAAAAAAUGGUCAAAGACUCCAGCCACCCUAG